AUGAGACAUCAAAAGACCACCAUUUUUACUUUAAUUGCAACUAUUGGACUCGUCUAAUACACUACUGCCAAUGUUGUUGGUUGCUCAGCUGAGCUUGAAGCAAACAUCUGGAAUCUGAACCCAAUUAGAAGAUCAAACGUUAACUUCACCAGUAAUGGAGCUUCUCACUAAAUACUUUUUAAUCUUUGCUCCAAUACUGCUAGAGAGUGCAAACUUGAAGGAGAGGGCUAAGGAGAUGAGACCUUCGCCGUGUUACUACUUCCAAAUGGAAAAUGUCAUAGACUCACUGAAGAUGAUAUGGAUGAGUCAGAAGCUAAAUACUUUGACUCCAAAGCACCUGAAGCAGGACUUUCAUUGAACUAUGAAAGUGAGGAAAAGUGCAACGACAAAGAGAAUUAUGGAUUUACCAUUGAUAUUAAGUGUGAUGAAGAUAGUGACCACGCAAUUCCUAGAGUCUCAGAUGACAGCGUUUCCAAAAGCAUUUGCCAUCCAAGAGUAUACUUUGAAUCCGAAGCUGGUUGUGUUACAAAAUCAUUCAGCAAGGUCUGGAAAACUUUCCAAGAUCUAGCAAUUGGAUUUGGAGUGUUUUUACUAGUUCUUGGUGUCUUUAUGACAUUCUUCGGGGCUAGAUAUUAGGCCGUGACUUUGUUUAUCGCUGCUUUCUUCGCAGCAUCCUUUGCUAGUUUGAUAUUCUUAUAUGCAAUAGUGCUCCCAUCAUUCACACCAGAUUGGGUUCAUAUGGUUGUCUUCUUCGUCUGUGGUUUAGCAGGAAUGCUUCUUGGUCUAUUUGCUUCAAUGUGGACAAAAGUCGGUAUUGCUUGCCUUGGUGGAUGGGUUGGAUGCUCAUCAGGCUACAUGGUUUAUGAUGCUGUAUUCUCUCAGUUAGUCAGUGGAAGGGGAGCCCAAUUUGUUUUUUGGUUCCUAAUAUUGUUAUUCAUCAUUAUCGGAGUUCUCUUAGCUCUCUACAUCAUGAAUCACGCUAUUGCUAUUGGAUCAAGUGUUGUUGGAGCUUAUGCCUUAAUCAGAGCAUUCGGAAUAUUCAUUGGUGGAUUUCCUAAUGAAUAUCUUGUCUACUUGGAGAUCUAAAAUGGUGGAUAUGCAUCAAUGCCUGAUGCUUUUUAUAUUUAUUUGAGUUUCUAUGUAAUUGUAGCUCUCUGCGGAAUCGUCGUUCAAGAAAGAGAAGUUCUCAAGCUAAAGUACCAAGAAUAUAAAGACAAGAAAGCAGGUAACAGCGGCAACAAAAAUGCAGGUGGUGAAGGAGAAGAAAUUCAUGAGGAGUCCAAGGAUGAUGAUGAGUCUAAGCCUCUUAUUGAUAAAAACAAAAAGGACAAGAAGGAGAAAAAGGAUAAAAAGAACAAGCAUUGA